AGUUCCAGGCUCAGAGGUUUAGCAUUGUGUAUCCUGGGGCUGGGGGCUCCGUUGGCGGAGGGUUUCCAUAAGUGUCAGGGGGGUGCACUAAUACCGGGGUGUUGGAAAUCCAGGACAUGGCUACACCUGUCUGGAUAUCUUGGGGACGGCUGGUACCUUAUGUGGGGGGACUAUACCUGGCGAUGCUCGGGACUGGCUCCUGGCUCUGUGCUCAGGGAUCCCUGCUGGUAAGACCCGGGGGGACCCUCUGGGGUGCCAGAGAUCAAACUUGGGUGAGUCUUGUGUGAAACACCAGCGCCUUCCCCUCCCUCCUAUCUCUCCGGCCGCCAGUUUGCAUCUUCUUUAGUUUGUUUGGGGGCCACCGCUGGCGAUGUUCAGUGGUUACUCCUGGCUCUGCUCUCAGAAACAUGCCUGGUGGUGCUCAGGCGACCGUAAGGGAUGCCCCGGAUGGAACCUGGGUCAGCUGCGGGAUCUGCCAGCGCCUUCCCCCGGGGCCUGGCUGACCGCCACCUUUUCGGCCUCUCCCUGCGGCCCGGCCCCCGGCCCCCCACCUCCAACUCAGCCAGGAGUGAGCAUCCGGGGCCACCUGCGGGCACACAGGUGCGACUGGCAAACUUGCACACAGAUCCCGGAUCUGCAGACACCGCCCUCCUCCCCCUGGUGGGGGGUCACAGCUAGCUCUAGAAGCGGGGGCGGGUAACGUCCCCCCAGGUGCAAGGGGCGACCCCGCACUUUCCUCAGCGGGGGGGCCCCCUCCCCUCCAGCCACACCUGGCCAGGUACCUGCAGGGACCUGCAGGUGGGGACCCCCCGGGGCCGGCCCUGGGGCCAGGCCCUGCCCCUGCACAGCGCCGACCCCGCCCGCCGCCGCCGCCCCGCCCGCCGCCCCGCCCGCCAGCGGCCAGCGGGACUUUAUAGGGGAGCGCCCGGCCUGCGCCCGCCUGCCCGCCGCCGCGUACGCCUGCGCCAUGCGUCCCGGGGCGCCGCUGUGGCCGCUGCCCUGGGGGGCCCUGGCCUGGGCCGUGGGCUUCGUGGGCUCCGUGGGCUCCGGAGACCCCGCGCCCGGUGGUGUGUGCUGGCUCCAGCAAGGCCGUGAGGCCACAUGCAGCCUGGUGCUCAAGACGGACAUCAGCCGGGCCGAGUGCUGUGCUUCCGGCAACGUGGACACCGCCUGGUCCAACCUGACGCAUCCCGGGAACAAGAUCAGUCUCCUGGGCUUCCUGGGGUUGGUUCACUGCCUCCCCUGCAAAGAGUCGUGCGACGGCGUGGAGUGCGGCCCGGGCAAGGCCUGCCGCAUGCUGGGGGGCCGCCCCCGCUGCGAGUGCGCGCCCGACUGCGCAGGGCUCCCGUCGCGCCUGCAGGUCUGCGGCUCAGACGGCGCCACCUACCGCGACGAGUGCGAGCUGCGCGCCGCGCGCUGCCGCGGCCACCCGGACCUGCGUGUCAUGUACCGGGGCCGCUGCCGCAAAUCCUGCGCGCAGGUCGUGUGCCAGCGACCGCAGUCCUGCGUGGUGGACCAGACGGGCAGCGCCCACUGUGUAGUGUGUCGCUCUGCGCCCUGCCCUGCGCCCGCCAGUCCUGGCCAGGAGCUCUGUGGCAACAACAACGUCACCUACCUGUCCUCCUGCCACCUCCGCCAGGCCACAUGCUUUCUCGGCCGCUCCAUUGGCGUGCGCCAUCCGGGCAGCUGCGCAGGCACCCCUGAACAGUCGGAUAACGAGUCAGAGGAAGAGGAGAAUUUCGUGUGAGCUCCGGGGCCGCCCCGGCGUUCCAGAUCUCCUGGUUUUAUUUAUUGCCACAGCAGAGUCUAAUUUAUGUCCCACGGACACGCCCCUAAAAUCUGGACCCAGAGAACUUGGGGCUAUCUUGGAAGGAUUUCCGUGGGGUGGGAGGGGAUAGAGCGGUGAGCAGUGAGCGUGAUAUCCAGGAACCCUGGAAAAUUCCACUCGUCUUCCUAUUAACUGCCAAGAACUGGGGGCCCCACUCCAGAUUCACGAAUGAAGAUGCCUCUAGAACAGGGACCUUGAGUAUAGGCCAGGGGCUGAAGGGGGCACUCAGCCUGGAUGAGUCUCAGAGCAUACCCCCAUAAGCCUAGAAAGCUGCCGCCUUGCCAGUCCAAAACUCCAGUCUGCCUCUAUUUCCCCAAAGACCCCCAAGAGACAACCAGCUUGUGUUUCUGGUUUGGGGGUGCUAGCUGUGUCAUAUGACCCAGCCUCGAUGCAUAGGGGCCAGUAGCUGUCUGCCCACCAGUCCUGCCCACUCAUGACUCACCCACUGGCCCGGGGGUUGGGUGUGGGCACCAGGACCCAACUAGAACUGAGUGAUCACCAGUGAUCACACUGGUGUCUGCCACCUGUCCCCAGGUGACAUCCAGACACAGGACCCUCUGGUCUCAAGCAGCCCCCAGUCCUUGACCCCUCCAGAUUCAGCACCCAGAAUCUGCCUCACCCUCCAUCUGGGCUCAGGGGUCUCCAUGCCAGCCAGAUGCCAGCCUCAGGUAGUGCUACAGUAUUCAGCCUGUGUGCAGAACAGAGGCCCACCCAGAUUCGAGGGCUCUGUGGGGGAGGAGCCCAGCUCAGGAGAGUUUGGAAUGAGGGGCAUAGCAGCAACAGUGUUACCCAUUCCCACACCCCAAAAAGUGACUUCCAUGGGACUGGAGCCUUAGCACGGGGGAAGGGUGCUUGCUUUGCAGUUAGCUGACCCAGGUUCAAUCCCCAGCUCCGCACAGAGUCCCCUGAGCCGCGCCCAGGAGUGAGCCCUGGGCAGGGCCACACUGCCCAAACACUUUCAUUGUCAUCGAUUUUUGCUCGAGCAGGCACCAGUAACGUCUCCCUUGUGAGACUUGCUGUUAACUGUUUUUGGCAUAUCGAAUACGCCACAGGUAGCUUGCCAGUCUCUGCCUUGCAGGCGGGAUACUCUCGGUAGCUUGCCAGGCUCUCUGAGAGGGGCAGAGGAAUCAAACCCAGGUCAGCCGCGUGCACGGCAAACACCCUCCCGGCUGUGCUAUCGCUCCAGCCCACUGCCAAAACAAAGCAAACAAAAACAAUGCCUUACCUAUGACAUUCAGAAAAGUGCCAUUAAGGGGGAAAAUCUCCAAAGCCCCCCUUCCCAAACAAGUCACCUCACCCCUAGCCUGGG